AUGGGUGAUGAAGAUGAUGAUGAAGAUGAUGCUGAUGCUGAUGUUGAUGCUGAUGCUGAUGUUGAUGCUGAUGCUGAUGAUGAUGAUGAUGACGAUAAUGAUGGUUAUGAUGAUGAUCAUGAUGAUGAAGAUGAUCAUGAUAAUGUAAUAGUAGAAAAAGAGAAUUAUAGAAGGUAA